CGGCCGAUCGCAGACGAGACGGAUAUUCCCCGUGAGCAGUCCCUGGUCAGUUCAGCCGCUAUCCAGACCUGGGUCGGCGAGAGUGCCGCCACCAGCUAUUCUCCUACCGCUCUGCCGUCAGUCUGAACGCCCCCAGCCCUCCCGCGAGGGCGCCCCGGGACGGAAGGAUCCAGCAGCCUGUCGGCGCCCGCCGUUCUCGUGGUCGCCGUCGCCGUCGUCGUUGUGGUAGUCUCUGCCGUAGCCUGGGCCAUGGCCAAUUACAUCCACGUCCCGCCCGGCUCCCCGGAGGUCCCCAAGCUGGACGUCACGGUGCAGGAUCAGGAGGAGCAGCGCUGCCGGGAGGGGGCCCUGAGCCUCCUGCGACACCUGCGGCCGCACUGGGACCCUCAGGAGGUGACCCUGCAGCUUUUCACAGAUGGAAUCACAAACAAACUUAUUGGCUGUUAUGUGGGUAAUACAAUGGAGGAUGUAGUCCUGGUGCGAAUUUAUGGCAAUAAGACUGAGUUGUUAGUCGAUCGAGAUGAGGAAGUGAAGAGUUUCCGAGUGUUGCAGGCUCACGGCUGCGCACCACAACUCUACUGUACCUUCAAUAAUGGAUUGUGCUAUGAAUUUAUACAGGGAGAAGCAUUGGAUCCAAAGCAUGUCUGCAACCCCGCCAUUUUCAGGCUUAUAGCACGUCAGCUUGCUAAAAUCCAUGCUAUUCAUGCACACAAUGGCUGGAUUCCCAAAUCUAACCUAUGGCUAAAGAUGGGAAAAUAUUUCUCUCUCAUUCCCACAGGAUUUGCAGAUGAAGACAUUAAUAAAAGGUUCCUAAGGGAUAUCCCAAGCCCUCAGAUUCUUCAGGAAGAAAUGACUUGGAUGAAGAAGAUUCUUUCUAACCUGGGCUCACCUGUUGUGCUUUGCCAUAAUGACCUGUUGUGUAAGAAUAUAAUCUACAAUGAGAAACAAGGUGAUGUACAGUUCAUUGAUUAUGAAUAUUCUGGAUACAACUACCUGGCAUAUGAUAUUGGAAAUCAUUUCAAUGAAUUUGCAGGUGUGAGUGAUGUAGACUAUAGUCUUUAUCCAGAUAGAGAACUGCAGGGCCAGUGGCUGCGUUCUUACCUUGAAGCGUACAAAGAAUAUAAGGGUUUUGGGUCUGAAGUUACUGAAAAGGAAGUAGAAAUACUCUUCAUUCAAGUCAAUCAGUUUGCAUUGGCUUCACAUUUCUUUUGGGGAUUGUGGGCUUUGAUUCAAGCCAAAUACUCCACUAUUGAGUUUGAUUUCCUUGGGUAUGCAAUUGUUCGUUUUAACCAAUACUUUAAGAUGAAGCCUGAGGUUACUGCAUUAAAGGUGCCUGAGUAAAGAAGACAUUUAAUUAUUCUUAAGUAGCUGAACAAUGCUUGUGGAUAUUUUAAUAAAUUCCAAAAAGCCAGUAUAUGUUAAAAUUCUUUUAAUUUGGUUAUCUUGCUUUACAAAUUAUGCUUCUAAGCAACCAAUUUAUUUUUUAAAUAGUCUGAAUGAUGUUAAGAAAUACACCUACUGCUCUCAGUAUAUGGUGGGUUAGAAGUUUGUUAAAUCAGCAAAAAGGUAUAAAGAUGUCAGUUUAAUCCUUUGAUAAUUUAAUCUAUGUUAUAUGUGAAUUAUUUAUUAUAAAUUGAACAUGAAUUCUGUGACUGUUUUCAUCUGUUUCAUCUGUUUGUUGAGUGUAAGCAACAAAAAUUUUCCAGAGAGAAUUUUUUUUUUUAAGUUUUACUUUAAUAAGAUUAAUUUUAGUAAACAUUUUAGGUGUUCAGUGUAACCUUUUUAUUUUGACACACUGUUAGUUAAAUGAAUCAUUUACUCUUGGAAUGCCGGACACUGGUUUAGAUAACUUAAGAUGUUCAUAGAAAAAUAUCUGUUUAGGAGAGUGAACUACAUUCACUGUCUGUGCUAGUGGUACAUCUUUCUGGAGUACUGGAAAGCAUUUUGGGGGGGGGAACAUCUUAGAAUUAAAUUCCCCUCUUGCUACAUAGUCUGGCAGUAUAAAUAUUAAUAUUUACCAUAUAAUCCUGGAAUAGAUAUAUGAUGAUUUUAUGUUACCAAAAUCUGUAUUAAAUAAUGUUUUCAUAUACUAUAUAUGGUCAUUUAAGUUACAGUUUGUUUUUAAAAUUUUACUAUAUCAAAUUGUUUCUAACCAAAAAUUUUGUUUUACUUAUUGAGAUGUUGUAUAUUUUGUUUGUUUUUAAAUAGUAGCUAGUACAGCAAUUGCUAAUUUUUGAAACAAAGACAGAAUGCUUAUCAUACUUGGGAACAAGAAAAUGUCAUUUAGAUUAAUUCUUUUCUACUUCUUCAGAUUCAUUCCUUACACUGUGGUUUUAAUGUUUUAGUCUGGCUCCAUGUCUUUAGAAUGAUAGCAAAUGAUUACUUGAUAAAUGUAUCAAUAGUUUCAGAGAAAUAAGUUGAGGUGGUUAAAAGAAUUAAAUAAGGAACAUUUAGAACAUGAAUCUUGUACACUUAAAAUCUGAUAUAACAAUGUGAAUUAAGCAAAAAUACUCAUGGUAGGAGGGCUUCUGUUUGGUUUGAUUUCUUUUGAUUUUGUUUGUUUGCUUUUGUCUGUCUGAGAGUGAGAGGACAGCAGUUAUUAUUUGGAAGGAACUUAGAUCUUUGGGAUAGAUAAGCAAGCAUCCGGUUUUGAAGACUGCUGUGUAGAGUUGAGCAGUCAUGGUUAACUUUGCUUAGAAAAUUAGUCUGACAAGCUUUGCACUUUGGUCACAUAAGUGCCCAUGUACAAAGUUGGCUUAAUGGAUCUGCAUAUUCAGAAUAUGCAGCUACAGAUUAAUCCUCUGAGAAAUCUUCUGGGGAGUCUGAUGUAUUAUUCCAAGUGACUUGUAUUCUCAGAUAAGUGCUUUAAAAUACUUGGAUUAUCUCAAGAUGUUUAAAGCUAAUAAAGUAAGUAGAAACACUUACAGGCCAUUUAAAAUGGUAAAUUCUAGUUACAUGAAUAGAAUCUUAGAAUCUGUUUUGUGUCUCUAUAACAUUGUUAGACCAAGAUUUGUUUUCUACCUCCCCAAUGUUACACAUGUUCACUUCUGUUUUUAUAAACCGUAUUACUGUAGGAUCAAUAGAAUUUUACCUAAUUAACUAAAUGAAAGGAACCAAUUAAACAAUGAAUAGCUUUUUAUAUAAUGUUAAGAGUGAACUUGAAAAAUUGUUUUUGGUGGAAUUUCCUCUGGGGCUGGAACAUUUUCUUAGAACAAUGAAGAAUAUGUAGUACUCUUGAUUUUUUUUGCUUUCCGACUUCUUAAAGGUGUAGAUAUAUCUUGGAGAACUGUGGGAAGAGAAAAGAUCAUUUUUCUACCUUACUCCACAUUCUUCACACUAUUUUGAAUAGAGAUUCACUGAGCCAUUGCUGGUAGAUUGUGCAUAGCUGCUAGCUGUGAUACUCUUGUAAGUGGUUCAGAGAGAUUCAUAUAGAAGUGAAUGUAGAGGGGAAUAAAGGCUCUCACUUUAGCCCUAGGCAAUGAAUCUUGGGAACAAAAUAAGGUAUUUAAGAUAUUUCCCCCACUUCUAGGCUAGAUUUUGGGUAUUACGAUGUUCCCACUUCCUGUACAGGUUUUUGGGAUCAUGCCUCAGCCUAAUAAUAGGGUUCAAAAUUUGCUUCCCUUUUAAUUGAUCAUUUAAGGGAUUCUAAAGGGAAAACAUCCCUCUAAAAUUUGUCCUGUGGCUUGCUGAGAUGUCUUUUGCCUUUUUAUGUUAAGCUAAGGAACCUUGAAUGCCUUACCUAAUAACUCAACUGAUAGUAAGCUCAUUUUGUAAAUAUGAAAACGGUUGUUAGAGAAGUGGCAUUCAUGUAUACUCACUGUUAAUCAAUAGACCAUAGUGGCCUGGAUGCUUUAGCAAGCAAAAUUCCACAAUUUGUUUUCCCUUUGUUCCUUACAUACUUGUAUGAUCUUACCUGACCAGUAAUACUUGAUUUUUUUUCCCUCCUGACCCCAUGCUACCACCACUUUCUGGGAAUUAAAGAGAUGUGGUAGUAAAUCAUACUGUUCACAUGAUCAUUUGAGAUCAAUAUGAGCACAAAACUCAUCAACUAGGUCUGCCUGGAAUGUAUAUAAAACAGUGUAAAUAAAAAUUUGUAAAUUAGUGUGA